ACAGUUCAAUUUUUCCCUUUUCAUCACUCUGAAUCUCAAGUCAAGCUACUGAUCGAGAGCUGCAAUGGCGGAGAUGAAGAUGAAAGAGAUCCCUGAAGAUUUGUUGAUAGAUAUACUCAGUUAUCUUCCAGUGAAGUCUUUGAUGAGAUUCAAAGCUGUUUGUAAAGCAUGGCGUGAUCUUUUCAGGAACCCUGAUUUUAUCACCAAGCACUAUCACAAGCGGGCAACUCUCAGUAAAUCCAACACCAGCGUUCUUUUGAAGCAUAGUGCCAAUGGAGAGGACUGCUUCUCCUUUCUAUCUUCAACUGUCAAUGACGAUGGUAGCGAGGUGAUCGGGAUCGCAGAAAGCAUUUAUGUUCCAUUUUACGGGGAAUAUCUGCGCAACCCUAAAAUCUUGGGCCCCUUUCAUGGCUUACUUUGUCUAGUGGAAUAUGGAAUUCAUGGUAAGAUUGCACUUUGGAAUCCAGCAAUUAGAGAAUUCAAGCUUCUGCCUGACCUUCUGCCAGACCUUCUGCCUUGGCCUGGAAUGGGAAUUACGGGCCUUGAGGAGGUUGGAUUUGGUUUUGAUACCAAGAAUAACGACUACAAGGUGAUUGCGUUUGCUUGUUCUUCAGAUGGGGCAAGGAUGGUAUAUCGAGCAGAGUUAUACUCACUUACGAGUGAGUCCUGGAGAGAUAUCCCUACUAGUGUCCUUCCUACCGAGGAAUUUAGUUUUUGUUUUGACCCUUAUUACAUUCAUGGAGUUUGUUACUGGUUAAUAACUUGCAAGAAUGGUGAUUGGAUCAUGUCCUUUGACAUGGCUGAUGAAGUGUUUGAGAUUAUGCAGCUGCCGGAUUUUGGUGUUUGUCUACGUACUCACUUUAUCAAGUUUGCAAUUCUUGAUGCAUCUAUUCUUGCUGUUGUUUACCCGUGGCAUAAUAAUCCGGUAAGAUGCUUUGAUAUAUGGGUUAUGAAUGAACCUGGAGUGAAAGAGUCUUGGGUGAAACGAGCUAGAAUUGCUCCCAUUUCCGGAGUAAAAGAUCCUAUAGGAUUUUGGAAGAGUGGUGAAUUGUGUUUUAAAGAUUCAGGCAACCAGCUGGUCUUGUAUGACUCCUCUACCCAGCAGGUGAAGAAUCUUCUACUCCAUGGCGCUAAAUAUAGAACACAAGUUGUAAAUUAUACAGAGAGUCUUGUUCAAAUCAAUGGAAGACGAGAGGAUGCAUGUCCUAUCGUUCGUAUAAGAAAUCGGAACCUGUAAUUAGAGUCUUGUUGAAAUAUUCUCUCAUCAGUUUUUGUUAUGGUAAUGUUGUAUGUGUUUAAUUUAUAUAAACAGAAAUGGCUGUAUUAAGUAUUACAAACUCAUUUUGCUUAUCUUCUUCCUUGUAGGCAAUACUGGCUUUUGCAGUUUUGCUGUAGAAAAGUGGUUAAUUUAAGCUUGUUGUAAGGAUAAGAUGCUUA